AUGGCAGAUAUGGGCGAUAAUCGUGCCGCUGGCUUCCAAUUAUCGUUACCAAGUCGGGUGCAUCCAAUGGUAGCAUGUGUGUUGCUCGUCUUAACCCUCACCUUUGCAUACGCCUUCUACAACGCGUUUCUUCAUCCGCUACGCCACUACCCCGGUCCACUACUCUGGCGAUCUUUCCGCAUCCCCUAUGUAAUCUCAACGCAACGCGGCGAGAUACACAAACGAUUUACUGAGUUCCACUCCAAGUAUGGAUCAAUCGUACGUGUGGCUCCCAACGAGCUCUCUUAUGCCGACAGUCGUGCAUUGAAAGAAAUCUACAUCACGCGCCCUGGUCAUCUACCCUUCGAGCGCAACCGUACUUCAUUCAAGAAGAUGUCACCAACCGAGCCUAACUCAAUCGUGAAUUGGCAUGAAGAAGAUCACGCGAGGUAUAGACGCGCUUUUGCGAAUUCCUUCUCGGAGAAGAGCUUGAAAGAACAAGCGCCAGUCAUUGAAAGCUACGUUGAUCUCUUCAUGGAGCAAGUGAAAAAGAGGAAAACUGUCAAUCUUGAAAAAUGGCUGAACUAUCUGACUUUUGAUAUCUCCGGAGACUUCACGUACGGUGAGUCCUGGAACUGUGUUGCGAACGGCAAAGCGCAUCCCUGGGUCGACAUUGCCCAAGAUUUCGGCAAAGGGCUCGCCUUGAUAGGGUCGAUCAAUCAUUACCCUCCCAUCGAUAAGUUACUCCGACACAUCAUCCCCAAGCGUAUCAUGCAAAGGAGUAUGGACCAUCGUAAAAUGAGUAUGGAACAAGCCCAAAAGAGAGUAGCGCUGGAAGUGGAGCGGCCAGACUGGGUAACACCAACCAAGAAGUACAGUGAUCAGAAGGAUCGCUUCACAGAUGCUGAGUGGGGCAUCAACUUGCUCGUUAUAGCCUUUGCUGGGAGCGAGACCACGGCCAGUGCCUUGACUGCGAUUGUAAGGAUGUUGGUGCAGCACAAGGGUGUCUUGCAUCGACUCACAGCAGAGAUCAGGGAGACUUUCCAGAAUGAGAGCGACAUAACAAUAGCUUCGACAAGCAAUCUACUCUACCUAAACGCGGUCAUUAACGAAGGCAUGCGACUUUGCCCUCCCGUCGUUGUCGGAGUGCCACGCAUUGCUCCUAAAGGUGGAGAUACCGUAUGCGACCAAUGGGUUCCUGAGGGUACCUACGUAACCUACAACCAAUACUCCGCCUAUAGACAAUCGUACAACUUCCGCAACCCAAACUCCUUCAUACCCGAGAGAUUCCUACACCCAAAACCAGAACAAGACGACAUGGCUGCAUUCUCACCUUUCAUGGUGGGUAGACACAGUUGCAUAGGCGCCAAGGUUGCUUACAACGAGAUGCGAUUGAUACUUGCGAGAUUGUUGUGGAGUUUCAAUCUCAGGCUGAAAGAUGAGCGGGACAGGUGGGAUUGGGGCGAGCAGUGUACAUACAUACUUUGGGAUAAGAAACCACUAGAGGUCACUCUGGAUCACGUUACUAAAUGA